GGGGGUGUGUGUUCAACUGGAACUCAUUUAAAAGUGCAAUUAAAAACUAUUAUCUGGUUUAAGUUCCGAGCCAAAUCUCCAAAAUGUCAAUUAUUGAUACCUAAACAGCAGUAACUAUGCUAAAAAAAUAUAUAAUUAAAAAAUACAUAUCCACCUGAAACACGUUUUGAAAUCCGUCCAUAAACAAGUAAACAAAUAAAAAUAAAAAAGAAUUGAAACUCUUCUAAAAAAUUGUUGUCAGCGAAUGUUAUGUGAGCAAUUUUGAAACAUACUUCAUAAUGAAUAUUCAAAAUUUGAGUCAUGGAUUAUCCAUAACACUAAAGAAGGAAAAUUGAAAAACAUUUCUAUGGAUCGCUUAACAAAUAAUGGUAUCUCGUGGAGAAAGGGAGAAAACAGUGACAAAAAUUGUAAUGCUGAUAACCACGAUGAUGAUGGCAAUAACCAUUGUGUUUUUAGAAUUGGCUAUAGAAUAAGUGAUUUUUUCACGUAAAGCAUCAGUUCCCUGGGACAUUGUAGUAUCUCUCUAUCCAUGGGAACAUUCUUCCAUAGUUCCAUAAUUUAAAAGAUCGUUGGUUUAGACUUCGGAUUGCAUUAAGGAUCCACAUGUUGCUGGUCGAGCCUAAAUGGAUGAAUGAAAAAGUUCAAGAGCUCUUGCUCUGCCAUUCCUCCUGAGGAUGAGAGUUAUGAUGAUUUCAAGAGGAGAUUUAAGUGAACGGAAUCUUCAUUUCCAAUGUCAAUGACUGUGUUAGAUCUGCAAGUCAUGCAUGAAGCUAUAACACAUUGGGACUGAAUCCUGACUUUUGAAUGUGAUGUCUGAGAAACUGAGUGGGUGAAGAACUUUAUAAUCACAAUGCAAUCUGUAGAUGGAAGCUCGGAGUUGGAAAAGCUUAAAGAAUAUCUUCUCUUUAAUUGGGGAAUUUCUGAGCUUUGGGUAGACAUAGUGAAAUUGAUGCUUGUUGAUCAUGGUGCAUGUUUGAACAUGUCUUUGAGUUUCCUUUCCUUUGAAGCUUUUCUGUGACAGCUCAAAUUCCGUUUUAACUGACUGCCGGUGAAUGUGUUCCUAACAAACUAUAUUACAAGGGGCUUGAAAUUGAAUAUUCUUCUUGGAUGACAUUUUUGGAGACAUUCAGCUGAAUGUCUUUCAAUCUUAGUGCUUCAAUGUAUUUUAUGAAUAAUGACGCUUUAUUGGGCUCAAGAGAUGAUCCCAACAUGCUAGAUGGGCAAAACAAGCAUCCAUCUGCGAUGACAUCAUAUUCAGAUUGGAAAAAGAGGGGUCGCAAGGCUACUGGCAAUGCCACAGAUGAAGCCACGUUGGAAAUAGCUGCUGCCUCGAGAAUGAGGGCGAAUGCAGGGGGUUGACCAACUAUAGCAUUUUCAUGCUUUGGACCUAUUCGAGAAUAUAAUUGCCAGAGAACCUUUCAUGUUUCUAAAGAGCGAGAGACAGUUGCCCUUGUUGCAGAGGAAGUAUAGUUCUUCUCAAUGAUUGGGCCAAAGAUCUUUGGCUUUUGUUCAGCUAACAGGAGUUGGGUAGAGAUACAAGGGAAAUUUGGCUUUGUGACCAUGACAGCUUCAUGGGCGACAUUUUCUAGAUUGAUCCCAAUGAUGUAAAGGAUAGGUAGUGAUCAUCAACGUCCAUUUUGAGGAAGGUCCUUUAUUGUGAUCAAAUGCUAUUGGGGAAAGUCUGCAGCUUGUUUUAUCCAGCGGUUAUAUUGUUUGCGCUAGAUGUUCUGUACUUCUUCUCGUUGAGGUCACGUUAAGCAGCCAACCAUGCUUAUUCUGCGGGCAUCAUGUACAUCCCAUCGCUGAGAUGACAUAGUGCACCAUGCCCUUUCAAGUGUUGCCUAUGUUCGUGGUGGAGCUGCUUUGCGUGGCCCAGAUAAGUGCUCGACAGUACAUUUUCCGUGCUGCCUUACGGGCAUAGACUCAAUUUAACGUGAGUAUACUGCCAAUCCACGACUAGAGAUCAUGAAGAUGUAACUGACCCAAAAACAAGGAGGACCUGGGGAGGGUUAAAGCAAGAAAACAUGGAUCGUUGCUCUUUCAAGAACUACCGUCUCUGACUUGUCACAAGGGCUGCAUUUAUAUAACAAUAAAAAAAAUUGGCUUUCACUACUUGCAUUGGAAGUGACUCUGUAAUAUUGAGAGAUGGCAAAGCCCUUCUCAAUGUUUCCAAGGCUUCUGCUGAUGGGUGCUUCUGCGGCGGUUGUUUUCUCAAUUGGUGCUUGUGGGUUUCCACAAGUUCCAGCCUUCUUUGUGUUUGGAGACUCUUUAAUCGAUGAUGGAAACAAUAACUACUUGAACUCAUACGCUAAAGCAAACUUCUUGCCCUAUGGUGUCGAUUUCGAUGGAGGUCCCUCGGGAAGAUUCUGCAAUGGGAAAACAAUCAUCGACUUCCUUGGGGAGCUACUGGAUCUUCCGUAUAUACCGGCAUAUGUGAACACGCUUGAAGAUGCCCAAAGCAUUCUAAGAGGGGUAAACUAUGCUUCUGCUGCUGCCGGCAUUCUAGAUGAGUCGGGAAGAGAGCUCGGAGAUCGAUUCUCGCUGCGCCAACAAGUGGAGAAUUUCCGGAGCACAUUGAGCCAGCUCAAGAACCAGAUGGGAGAGGAGGAGUUGAGGCGGUACUUGGCCAAAUCGCUAGUAAUGAUGAACCUUGGCAGCAACGACUACCUCAACAAUUACCUCAUGCCUUCCCUCUAUGUCACCAGCUCCCUCUUCAACCCAAAUGACUAUGCUCAGCUUCUCAUCACCAACUACACUACAUACAUCGAGGCGUUGCACGAUCUGGGGCUGAGGAAAUUCUUGAUUACUGGGAUUGGGCCACUGGGCUGCAUGCCUAACCAACUGGCCACCGGUGCUGAUGCAUCCGGGAAAUGCAUAUCGUCGGUCAACAACAUGGUCGGGCUGUUCAAUGUGCGGCUUAGGUCUCUUGUGGACCAACUCAACGCCAAUGCUCACGGUGAAGGCGCCAUUUUUGUGUAUGGCAAUACUUUCGACGUCUUUUCCGACAUCUUGUCCAACGCCAAUGCUUACGGAUUCAAGGUGGUGGACAGGGGGUGUUGCGGGUUAGGAAGGAAUCAAGGCGAGGUAUCAUGUCUGCCAUUGCAAGUGCCAUGCAUGAACAGAGACGAGUACGUGUUUUGGGACGCGUUCCAUCCAACGCAGGCCAUGAACAAGAUCAUUGCCGAGAGAGCAUACGCCGGCCCUCCUUCCGUCUGCUACCCAAUCAAUGUCAAGCAGAUGGCUUAUCAUGCCUAAACAUCGGUCAUGACUGUUGCCAAUGGCCAAUGUUUGCAUGUGAUUAUGGAUGAUCUUUUGCUUUUUCUUAUGGAUGUGCGAUCCAUGUCGCUCGAGGAGCGAAAUCCCUUGAUAUGGAAUAAAUAAAGAAGCAUUAGGGAA